AUGUCGAAAAAAGCAGCUGUAGCCGCGGCUGUGAACGAGGAGGCGGUAGUCCGAGCCCAGCCCCAGGUCACGGUAAACACGGUCAGUGCUGCCUCAGAUAAAGUCUUGUGGUCGUCAGGGCUGUACGACUGCAUGAAGGACAUCAAAAUCUGUCUGUGUGGCACCUUCUGCCCCUGUAUCCUGGCAUGCAACGUAGCUGAGGGGUUUGGGGAGUGCUUGCUGCUGCCCUGUCUAAGCGGGACCCUGAUGGCAAUACGCACUGGGAUGAGAGAGAGGCACCACAUAGCAGGCACAGUGUGCAAUGACUGGGUGGCGUUUACUUGCUGUACUCCGUGUGCUUUGUGCCAGCUUGCCAGGGAGAUGAAGUCCAGAGGAAUGGCGUGAGGAAGAGUUCCACUUUGUCUGUCUUCGUCUCCGUCUCCUGAUGCAAGCCAGCAAUCACUGGUAACGGCUGAGUUAAUCUCCCAACUGCAGCUCCUGUACAAAGUAUCGUGCGGUGUAACUGUAGUCCAGUAAAGCAGCGUACAGCUAUGGCUAAAAGUUUAGCAUCACCUACAAUUUUAAGAUUGAAACCCCCCCAAAAAUAUAUAUAUAUGAACAUAAUUUAGAUCUACAAAAUGAUAUUGCUAAAAGUCUAACCGGAAGCCAUAAUAGUAGUACAGUAGUAUUUUUAGCGGCGGUGUGCAGUUCAAUCUGUUAACGUGACGUUAUUCCAGCAGGUUUCAUUCGACUUGAUGAAGCCAGGUGAGUUCCUUCUAUAAGGUGUGCAGCACUUUGAGUCAGAGCUGUACAGUGGUUGUCCCUGCUCCUCAGCGAAUGACAGAGACCGUAUGGUUCUGGGUUCAUAUACAUGCCGAUGUAUUCACAUGCCUUUUACAUUCCUUUCUGUGAGCUAGGCAGGGACUACAAGUACCAGCAUGCAUUUGGAUGCAAGUUUAAAACCCUGGACCCUGGCUCACUGUCCCAGCUAUUCAGUAGCUGGAUAUCCUUUACACAAUCAAUUCUCUAGCCAUAACAUCCUUCCAGUGUUAGGACAGCAAGUAGCACAAAAAAUACAUGCAAAUAAUAAUAAUAAUAAUAAUAAUAAUUAGUAUCC